AUGUCAUCCGUCUUGUGGCCGUUCUGGCGGCGAAAACCUCAAUCCCGAUUUCAGGACCCGGACGGGCGCACCACCGCCAACGCCAACGCCAAUGCCAACGCGCCAAUCGGCCGAGGACCACCGCCCGCACCACCACGGGCUUCUCCCACCACAGCAUCCACCGCCCGCCCCAGGCCUGCCGCGGCUUCCCUGGCCACCCCUGAGUGCCCCGGGCGCCUUCCAUGUCAGCACCCGCCUCACGGCUGUGCCGAUCCGGACUCUCUCACGACGCCAAACCCAAUUCCGCCCUCUUUCUACUCGACACAAACGCCCGCCCUGGAUCAGACGGCGGACCGUCAGCCAAGACCUCAUUCCCAGCAACCUGUCUGUCCCCCGGCUUCAUCCCAACCCGCCGCAGAGCCUGCAGUAGCAGCCGCGGCAGCUUUGAACGCGACGCAACCUUCUGCGCUUGGUCAAGUUUAUAAGCCGAGCCUUCUCCAGUCACCCUUUCGCCGUCGCCCCAGCGCGACAAGUGAUCCUGCCUCACGAGUUCAGCGGCUUCCUGCAGCCCGCCUCUGGAAUCCGACCAACUCUACCCCUCGAAUUCCCCAGCCUCGAAAGCGCCGACCAUCGUCACCGCCUAUUCCCACGUUGCCUCUGAAGCACCCUGCGCUCGACACAUUGUUGGAUAUACCAGACUCCGUGGCAACUGCUGCUGGCGACUACCCGCUCCUGACUGUAUCUGAACAGCGACGCUCGAGAUAUUCACAGUCUGCGCGUGCGAGUUUCCAAAUCGAACUCGGCGCGACAAGCGAUCAUAGAAUUGGUCUUCCGUCGUCCGUUCGAGCAUCGCACGAGGGAAACCGUCCCGCGCACCGCACGUCAACGUCUUCGAGACCAAGGGCGGAAAAAGUCAACGACCGACAACCUGAACAGACAACUAUUCUUCGCCAUUCGGCAAAAAGUAAAGGCGAGCAGAAGGUGACCAUGGCGCCGGAGAAUGAUGAUGCCAGGAGACCAUACUCCAGGGAUCUUGAAAGCGGCCCAGAUGUCAUGGACCCUCGAGUCUCCAACGUUUCCGCCGCGGACGGCAUUGGGCCUGCCCUCUCUUCGUCCAACUCUUCGAUCAUGGGGGAGGAUGUACAACCAGACGCAGGCGAGGAAUGGGGCCCUCAGCACCCAUGCUUUCCCCAUCUGAACCCCCAUGUUCCUCUCGACUCCGUCGAACAUGCGACUACGCGAAUAAUCCGUGUCAAGAGAGACUGGCUUGUGGCCGGUGACCUGGCCCCGACUUUUUCCAACUUAUAUCCUGAAAUCCUGGACCCAGCUGGCAUUUCCGAGCGAGAGUUUCGACGCGUUAUUGAGAAGCUGAACGGAGAGCUGAUACCCCUAUUCGAUCCCUUCACCUUUCGGAACGUGCUCGACAGCGUCCUGGGGCUCGUGACUGGCUGGCUCUGGGAUGAUUUCGGUCUGACGGCUGCCAAAUCACGCCUGAAUAAUCUCGAACAGUGGAUUGAGAAGUGGAACCAAGAGAUGGAAAAGACAAUGGCAUCAGAGGAGGGCACGAUUCCACCAAAGUUGAUUUCGCUCCGACAAACAGGGUACAUGUCUCUUGACAUACAAAUACCGGAUCCCGAGAUUGCUCCAGCACCAAGUACAAUUGGCGCAGGCGCGGGCGCGGGCGAGUCGCGGACUGCCUUGCCGAUGGAGCCAGCUCCCGCCAUCACCGCUUGA